CAGGCGCGGAGCGGCGAGCUCGCGGGGAGGGCGGGGGGGGGAGAAGAAGGGAGAGGGGCCUGCCAGCGAGAGAAGGAGCGAGGGUGGCAGAGGCGCAGCUCGGGGGGCGAGGAGGUUCUAAAGGGCAGCUAAACCAUUGCAUAAGUUGAGCCACAUCUGGGCCAUGUCGUCUAUAUUACCGUUUACUCCACCUGUUGUGAAGAGACUGUUGGGAUGGAAGAAGUCUGCCACUGGUUCAGGAGGUGCUGGCGGGGGCGAGCAGAAUGGCCAGGAAGAAAAAUGGUGUGAGAAAGCAGUGAAAAGUUUGGUGAAGAAGCUCAAGAAGACAGGACAACUGGAUGAGCUUGAAAAAGCAAUCACCACUCAAAACUGCAACACAAAAUGUGUUACAAUACCAAGCACUUGCUCUGAAAUUUGGGGACUGAGUACACCAAACACGAUAGAUCAGUGGGAUACCACAGGCCUAUACAGCUUCUCUGAACAAACCAGGUCUCUUGAUGGCCGCCUGCAAGUAUCCCACCGUAAAGGAUUGCCCCAUGUUAUUUACUGCCGUUUGUGGCGCUGGCCUGACCUUCACAGUCACCACGAACUUAAGGCAAUUGAAAACUGUGAAUAUGCUUUUAAUCUUAAAAAGGACGAAGUGUGCGUAAACCCUUACCAUUACCAGAGAGUGGAGACUCCAGUUCUGCCUCCUGUCCUCGUACCACGACAUACAGAGAUUCUGACUGAACUUCCACAACUUGAUGACUAUACUCAUUCCAUUCCCGAAAACACUAACUUUCCUGCAGGAAUUGAACCACAGAGCAAUUACAUACCAGAAACACCACCGCCCGGCUAUAUCAGUGAAGAUGGAGAAACCAGUGACCAGCAGUUGAACCAAAGCAUGGAUACAGGAUCUCCAGCAGAGCUGUCUCCCAGUACACUCUCUCCUGUCAAUCACAGCCUGGAUCUGCAGCCAGUUACCUACUCAGAGCCUGCUUUUUGGUGUUCUAUAGCAUAUUAUGAAUUAAAUCAGAGGGUGGGAGAAACCUUCCAUGCGUCACAGCCUUCACUUACUGUAGAUGGCUUUACGGAUCCAUCAAACUCUGAAAGAUUCUGCCUAGGCUUGCUCUCCAAUGUUAAUAGAAAUGCCACUGUGGAAAUGACAAGACGGCACAUAGGAAGGGGAGUGCGCCUGUAUUACAUUGGUGGAGAGGUUUUUGCUGAGUGCCUAAGCGAUAGCGCAAUCUUUGUUCAGAGCCCCAAUUGUAAUCAGAGAUACGGCUGGCAUCCUGCAACCGUGUGCAAAAUCCCGCCAGGCUGCAACCUAAAGAUCUUUAAUAACCAGGAAUUUGCUGCUCUUUUGGCUCAGUCUGUAAAUCAGGGCUUUGAAGCAGUGUAUCAACUAACCCGAAUGUGCACCAUAAGGAUGAGUUUUGUUAAAGGAUGGGGCGCUGAAUACAGGCGGCAGACGGUAACAAGCACUCCAUGUUGGAUCGAGCUUCACCUGAACGGGCCUUUACAGUGGCUGGACAAAGUAUUGACUCAGAUGGGCUCUCCCUCAGUGCGCUGCUCCAGCAUGUCGUAAUGCUCCUUGUCUCCACUAGCGCGCUUGAAAUGCGAAGUCCAAGCAACAGACUUAAAUAUUAACAGCUCGUCUGUCGUAGUAACUCGUGUGUGGUCUCCAUGAACUGUUUCCUAUCCAAAAAGUUCAGAGAGAGAGAGAGAGAGAGAGAAAGAGAGACAGAAAAGCACUUGAGGGUCUCAUCAGUUUCUAAGCACCUUGUGGGUUUUGUUUCCUAUACUCUGAUGCUCUAGAUGAAAAGUUAGUGUAUAGAAACGCCUUCUGCCGAAGGAGGGAGGGACAUAUUAAAUACUUUAAUGGUGUUUUUUAUUGGGUAUAUAUAAAUUGAGUGUCCUAAAGGUUUACCAAUAACAUGAGUGGUUCAGUUAAUGUAUCAUGGGACCCCCCCCCACC